AGUAUAAUAAAUGGACUUCGAUUAUAUAUUGAUGGAAUUUAUUUUGAUAGUACUGGUAGUUUUCCAUUUGAAGCUUCUGGUUCAAUAAUAUAUUUACAAAUAGGAUUUAGUCGUUGGUGCAUAUCUUAUAGCAUUCCAAAUGCUGGUUAUCAAGGUUUAGUUGAUGAAGUAUAUGUGCAUAGUCGAGAAUUAACUCAAAGUGAAAUUAAUAUUUUAGCAAAUCCAUAA